GCGAAAGCAGAAUGAGGGGAUGACGAUCCACUGCUGUACUGUGACUGCUCUCGUUUCUCCGGUCUAGACAUCACAUCACAAUCCAAAGCCGGCUAGUGAGCUGCUUCAUAUCUUUGUUUGGGCCAAAAUGUCGACCACAACUGGCGGCGGGGAGUUCGGCAACCCUCUACGGAAGUUUAAGCUCGUCUUCCUGGGCGAGCAGAGCGUGGGAAAGACUUCGCUCAUCACAAGGUUUAUGUAUGACAGCUUUGACAACACCUACCAGGCAACGAUUGGCAUUGACUUUUUGUCCAAGACCAUGUACCUCGAAGAUCGCACGAUCUCAACUCCUUCCAACAAACCUCAAAGUGGAUCGAUGACGUGCGGACGGAGAGAGGAAGUGAUGUCAUUAUCAUGCUCGUUGGGAACAAAACAGACCUGGCGGAUAAAAGCUGUUCCGUCGUGUUGCGGCUGCGUUACCUGGGAUGGACAGCACAGCGGAGAAAAGCAAAGAAGACAUGAUCGACAUCAAACUGGAGAAGCAGCCAGAGAUGACUGUCACCGAGAGCAGCUGCUCGUGCUAGUACACGACACUGGAGCCCAGCCCAUCAAGUCUGUCUCACCCUCAGUCCCCCACCCCACCACCAUCACCACCACCACCAACAGCUUGUCUCUCAGUAGCCACUCGGGGAACAAACACUGGAGAGUGAGCGUGUGGAUAUGUGUUACUGAAUCCAAACAAGAGAAUCCACAUUGACAUCAAAAGGGACACGAUGCGCGUUUUCAAUGUGAUAACUUGCAUGGCAUUCCGAUAAUAUAUAUAUAUAAAUUGAAGCGCAGAUUGUCUUAGCUAACUGCUUUUUGGGUUAUCGCACAGUCUUUGUGCUGUGACUUCUUUUUUUUGGCACGUAGAAAAAAAAGACCGCUUUGGGUGGUUUUAAUGACUGCACAAGGUUUGGUUCUUAACAUUUUUUUUGUAUCUACAAUAGAGAAGUUGUAAGAUGGCUACUUAUUCUUCACAUCUAUGUUGUAUUUUAGGGAAGUAGAGACAAGGUCUUACUAAUCGUCACACAAAGGAUUUUGUCGCAUACUAACACAGCGGGAGGCGUCUGAGUGAUGAGGUUACUCCACGGAAAGCUGUUCGUCAUCCCAUAACUUUGAGAUCCAGUUUAGGGUUCAUCUGGAAUGCUCUUUACCCUCAUAAGUAAAACAAAUUAGCCCACUAGUAGAAUACCUGUUUUACUGGUAAUGUCUUUUCCGCUAGUCGUUUCACUUUUGGCCAAAUGGGACACAAUUCAAACUUGUGUAAUUUACUAUGCUUAGACUAGCGUUAGACUAAUCAGUAGGCAUAUUGCACUAGUAUCUUCCUUAUGAAGGUUAUCAAACAAAUGCUCAAAUCGUUUGUUCUCAAAAAAAUGUUUGAGCACAUAUUUGAUAAAAUAGAACAAGUGUGUCUUACUACUAAAGUAUAUUUUCCUUCCCUCUGCUAGUAGCCUACUUGUAUGCAACUCUGGUAAGCCCCUGUGUUGCACUGUUUAUAACGAUUGGAUUUUUAGUCAUUCGUACCAGUAGUCAACUGUUGUACAGUUUUGGCUCAGUAACAUAGUUGUCCUACUGGUAUGCCAAAUUUAGUCUUACUAGUGCAUAUUGAAUUGAAUUGCCACAGCACGGUAGUUUACCGUUGGUUUAAUUGUGUGGUAGGAAGCCAAAAGUAGAAGUUGGAGAAAAAUAAUGACUCCCAAGAAAGUUACCUUAGUAGUGCAGUCAAUUGCCUAACUUGCAGGGACAAAGAGCAGACUAGCACAUGGAACUUGCAGUUGAUCAAGGAAAUUCUAUAAACGCUUCAACAGAUAGAUGGUCUGCAGAUCAACAAAAUGUAUUGACAAAUUUAGGAUUGUUGUUUUUUUUUUUUUUUAAUCCAAGACCCCUGAGUGAGCAAAGCAGUCCCAAACCACAAGACUCACUGCACCGUCCACGUGUAUCAUUCAUUAGAGACCCGAUCCCAAGCGGUAAAGUCGUCUCACGUAACCCCAAACUGUCUUCGUAACACGCCAGAAGCAUUCAAAUGCCAAUUUCACCAUACUAACAAAGACCUUACUAGAUAUCACACUUGAGAACUCUCCCACCGUGCCAUUGAUCCUCCGUGUUGUGUUGAUCACACUUAAAUCGCAGCGCAUGCUCGCCAUGCAGGAGUUGUACGAACAACGACACAGAUGCCUUGCUUGUUUUGUUCACCAAUGUUGUGCACUGAAUCAAGCCACAAACAUUGUAAAAUACAUGAAAAGGGAAGCCAGCUGACUGAUUGAUUGGUGGCUUCAACUCGUCGUCGUUUUCUCAAGACGGUCGACGAGAGCUUGUCCGCCAAAAAAAAUAAAAAGAAAGCUUACUAACACACCCGCUGUAAAAAGGCCACCUUGGGUGCAGUAACCUUCGCUGUAGUGCUAUUAUUGCUCGUGUAGAACUGUUGUUUUUAUGUGAUUAUUUAUUCAGUAACUCAGACAUACACAUGAAAAUUGUUUGCUUGACCAAAUGUGCUGAGACGCAUGUUGAAAAGCUGUUUUAUUUAUUUGUGUGUCUGCUGGGGACCCUAUCCCACUGAGCAAGUGUUUUCGAAGGCAGCAAAUAUUGUGCUCACAUCGCAGUUUGUCAAGAUUUGUUCAAAGUUGCCAACAAGUUUAUUCAAAAUUUCCUUUCAACGGGAAAAUGUUCAGGUGAACGUCUUUCGCACAUCUGGUGAGUGUUUGGCAAACAUUUGCAACCCUUGAAUGAACCCUGAUGAGAAUGCAACAUUGGCUGCCUUCGAAAACACUCGCAAUUGUUUGCUACUCAGUGGGAUGAAGGCUCAAGGAGUUGUCGUACAGCAAGAAAGGACUUCUUGUAAUACAUAUGUUGUCAUGGUAACACUUUACACACACAGUGUGAACCACAGACGAAUUAUCAGGCCAUGGUUUCUGGUUAACACCUUGGUCCUUGGCUUUUGCCGGUUUUAAAAGUACAUUUUAAAAGGGGGGGGGGGGUGGAUUUUGCGCUCUUCUAUGACUUGCCACAACUUAAUACUCAGCUUUGUGCUCUUCGGAAUCGUGUCUGUCCACUUGAACUAUGCUGUCUACUCGUGUUUAGCAACGUUGUGUGAAUAUAUUACUAUCUGGUGUGUAAAAAUGAGAGUUAAUGGCACACAAGUGAAGGCUUAUCAACUGAAAUACAAUAAAGAUUAUUUCACCAAA